GACACCCAACUGUAUUUUUAUCUGUACAACUACGUACACUUUCCUCUUGAUAAUGGAGACUGUUACCAUGGUGCUGAACAAGGUCCAUGGACUGGUGGGCCUGCCCGAGUCGGUCGAGCUCCCGCUGGCUGUUGAUCUGCUCAUCCUGGUGGGUGCCGUCAUUGUGGCCAAGUCGCUCAUGGGCAUGAUCAAGGCAUUUUACGUCUACUUUAUCCGCCCGGGCAAGAACCUCCGCAACUAUGGCGAGUGGGCCGUGGUGACCGGUGCCUCGGAUGGGAUCGGCAAGGCGUACGCGGGCGAGUUUGCGCGUGCUGGGCUCAACGUGGUGCUCAUUUCGCGGACACAGUCGCGGCUGGAUGAGGCUGCGGCGGAGAUUGCGGCCAAGUCGCCCAACGUGGAGAUCAAGACGAUUGCGGUGGACAUGGGGUCGGGCAAGGAAUCUGGCAUCUACGAGACGAUCGAGGCUGAGAUUGGCUCGCUCAACGUGGGCAUUCUUGUCAACAACGUGGGCAUGUCGUACGACCACGCCGAGUACUUUGACCUGCUGGACGACUGGCGGGUGGAUACGAUGGUGGAGCUCAACGUGGCGGCCAUGAACUGGAUGACCAAGCUUGUGCUUCCGGGCAUGAAGGAGCGCAAGUCGGGCGCGAUUGUCAACAUCUCGUCGGCGGCCGGUACCAUCACCGACCCGCUGUACGCGGUGUACUCGGGGACCAAGGCGUACGUCGACUUUUUCUCGCGGGCGCUCAACGUCGAAUACGCCCAGUACGGCAUCGACGUCCAGUGCCAGAUUCCGUUCUUUGUCACUACCAAGCUCGCCAAGAUCCGCCGCUCCUCGCUCUUUAUUCCCACGCCUGCCGGCUUUGCUCGUGCCUCGGUCUCCAAGAUCGGCUACGAGGCCUCGAUCGUUCCGUUCUGGGCCCAUGCCCUCCAGGCCUACAUCUUCUCGCUCCUCCCGGUGCGGGUUGCCAACGCCAAGCUUAUGGGCGACCACCUGUCGCUCCGCAAGCGCGCCCUCCGCCGCAAGGCCGAGAAGGCUGCCAAGGGCGAGUAAAGAUCACCUGGGUUUUUCA